AUGAUUGAUGGUGAAGUGUCUAACCUUGCAGAAAAACUAGGGGGAAAGGAGCAUAUACCUCUGGAAAAGCUGGAGCUGCUUGUUGGAAUCGAUCAGAAGCUCAAUGGGCUCCUGAUUGAAAAUCUUGCUUUACUGCCGCCAGACAAGAGCCAUCUAAGUAUUUGCGAGCUUCUUUUGCUCGAGAGACCUGAAAAGACUAUUCCUAUUAUACGAAGGAUAUUUGAAUCGUUUCCAGGAGAAGUCUCAGAAUUCAUCGGAAAGCUUCUCGAGUCGCCAUUCUAUAUACAAAGGCAGGCAGUCCCAUCCUUGAUUGAAAAUAUAGAAUACAAGGAGGAAAAAGAGGCCUUGAGAAAAUGCCUGAAGGACUCUAUUGUGGGUGUAGCCAGGCGGGCUGCUCUGUCUCUGGAAAGGUAUAAUAAGAUUCCAUUUGACGAUGAUGAGCUCAUAGAGAUUGUGAAGGAUCUUCACAGCUCAUAUUCAGAGUGUAUCCAGUGCACCAGCUCUUAUGUCAUUCCUCUCAUAAAAAAAAGAACACACUUUGUAUCUGAGAUAUGCUCAUCGAAGUCAUGGAGAAGAAGAUAUGCAAUUGCAAAAAAGAUACCUAAGCUUAAUGCUGGUGACAGAGCCAUUAUAUACUCAUGCUUGUCCCAAGAUCCAGAAGAGGAAAUAAGAAUAUGCCUUGCAAGCAAUAUGGAGCAUGCAGAGGGAUGGGACAGGCUUGUUCCAUUGUUUCUGAAGGACGGCAGCCCCACUGUCAGGGCUCUGGCAAUUCAAAUGGUAGGAAACAAAGAGGAGUUCCAGGAGAUGCUGAAGGAAAUAGUCUCGGAUGGAAGUUGGGAGGUCAGAAAGGCCUUGCUGUGUGUCCAAAGGGUUGACACAUACAAAAGCAUAGUUGUUCCGCUGAUAAACUCCCUCAACUCCACGCCUAACUGGAGAAUAAGAAAGGAGAUCCUUGAAUCAAUUGCAUAUGCUUCAAAACAGGACGAAAAACUUCUCAAGAUGUUCUUAGGAAAGCACCUUCUCGGAUACCUCAGCGAUAGAGUAUAUGAGGUAAGGGUUGAAGCCUCAAAGGUGGUCGGGGAGCUGGUCAAGAUGUAUCCCUGGACAAUUGAAUGGCUUCCUGAUAUUGAGACAGUUACUUCAUCAAGAUCAUAUCUACAUAGGAUAACUUCUGUGAGUGCGGCACUUUCUUUUGAUAAGGUCCAUAAAACGGAGUUUACAAAGAGGCUACUGUCUGAUCCAAUUGAAAAUGUGAAGCUGUACACAUUGGAAAUGAUUGAUCCACGUGGAAUGGAUGAUAGCACAAGGGAGAUGGUCUCCGGUCUGUGCACUAGCUCCGAUGGAGAAGUUAGAAGGGCAGCAAAAAACCUGGUAGGAUAG